AUGUUUGGAUCCUUUGGCUUGGCAAACCUGCCGCCAAAGGUCAAGGUAGCCCCCGAAGACAUACCGCCCCCCACGACUAUUUGUCUUCCUCGCUACCAACCUUUCGUCCAGGAUGAUGUUCCAGUCGAUCCUGAACACGCCCUAUCUAACUUACUCAAAUGCACGGGCCGGAUCUCUGCCGCUUCGGGUGCAAUUGGCCUCUCUGCCAUUGGAUUUGAUUUGAAACUGGACGUCCAAGUAGAGGAACUCAUCCCCAACCAGUCCUUUCUCCCCGACUUCGCGAGGUGGGACAAGCUCACGCUUGAGGAGGCUCGGGAGCAAAACCAGGCAGAACGUCGACCUAUAAGAAAUGGCAACCUUUCCCCUGGAUGCCACGUUUAUGCAGAGCGUCGUAGGGAGCUCUCCAACGCAAAUGAGGACGCCUUUCGUACAGUCCGUCGCCUCGCACCCCCCAAGGGGAGGCAGCAAGCUCGCCUUGGCAAUGCCUAUGAGUUCUUUCGCUGCCUUGAAUUCUUCACCAUGUAUUGGGACGACCCAAGUCGGCCCCCCUCGCUCCCACCCUCUCCGGAACUGGCACCAACUGAGAAUGGGGAAACCCCUGCUGCCCAGGAAUCACUACCACCCCAAGUAACACGGACAUCAGAUGGUGGAUCAAUGCCUCCCGAAUAUCGCCAGAAUCUUAUUUCGGCCUUUGUCAAGCUUGUUGCGUACGACUUUGGCUGCAAUGUUUCCAUGUCUCGUCUCGAGCCAAGACUGCACCUAAGCUCUCCAGAUGACCAUCCUAGCCCGCGAAAAUCAUACAGCCCCUCCAAUUGCCACUUUCUUUUCCAGAGCCCGACUACAAGAGAGGCAGCUCGUGCCGGCCUUGUGUACGGUCCUCUUGGGGCGGUGAGUACGCGCCCGAGUGUGAAUUUUACAACGCCGGACAUCGAAACUGCGCAGUCUACCGACCUCGCCCGGGAAGUGCUGGCAGCGCUUAUCACGGCCCAGCAUAGGGCUCGCGAGGGAAAGGUUGAAACGCGAUUUGGCGAGAACCAGUGGUGGACUUCCAAACCGAGAUGGGGUGGUGGUACUGGAGGCCCCAUUGGGCGAGAAAUCGACGCGGAUUCGCCUCUCGGGGACAAGGAUGCUGCACCUACCGACUCAGAGAAAGCGGCCCGGCCUGCAGCGAAAAGAGCCCGAAAGACCAUGUCCAUCUAUGACGCUUAUCGAAUGGUGCGCCCACCCGCUUUCACAUGGGACAAGAAGGCUCGCUACGAAGCAGUCGGCAGGCAGAAGGGCGUGGAUUAUGACGAUGUUUUCGUGAUUAGCUCUAUUCUCCACCACAUAUCUAUUCUCCGAGUGCGAGUGCCCGACCGUCUUCUGGAGGUGCUUGGCGGCUCUCCUGAAACGGAUGUAACACGGCGCAGCUGGGGUAGAGUGCAAGGAUGGAGAAGUCAAUGGUUUGACCUGUUUGAUACGGAGCAGCGACUUGCUGCCAUGCGAAUGCUUUGGGCCGUGAUGGCUUAUCAGAUGAGGAAAGAACCCGAAGAGGAAGAAGACGCUACAAUGGCUGACAAUUGA